AUGACUGUCAAGUAUGCCGCGACUGAAGGGGAUACGGGACGAUCCAAGGAGCUCUGGGUCAAAGGACCGAAUGUCUUCCUUGGAUAUCUGAAUAACCCAACGGCGAACGGUGAAUCCUUCUCUGAGGAUGGAUAUUAUAAGACUGGUGAUGUGGGAUACGAGGAUGAGAAUGGCCAUUUCUACAUCACCGACCCAGCAAAGGAGUUGAUCAAGUAUAACGGGUUUCAGGUGGCACCGGCCGAACUCGAGGCCAUCGCUCUAGGCCAUCCGGCCAUCGCAGAUGUAGCUAUGACGGGAAUCAAGGAUGGCCAGUCGGGGACAGAACUACCCCGGGCAUAUGUGGUUGUGGCGCUGGGAUACGAGGGUACCCGGAGCAUGGCUGAUGCUAUAUAUCAGUAUGUGAGCGAUCGAGUGGUUGGCUACAAGCGCUUGCGUGGGGGAGUGCGUUUUGUGUCGGCUAUUCCACGGAACCCAGCCGGGAAGAUUUUGCGACGAGAACUGAAGCAGUUGGACUGA